AUGGUAUGUUUGGUACUAAGGGAGCGCAGUCUCAACCUUCAGAUUGAUGCGUGUACUCGUAUUCAAUGUCUGCUCUUCCCGACUGAGGAGGUCCGACAACCAAUCUGCCUCUAUAUUAUCCCGAGUCCGUCCCUCUUCCACUCAAAAGCGAUGGUUUUGCAGUCUGCCUUGGGGAGACUAAAUCGCCAACGGCUGAAAGACAAACUUCAAGCUUAG